UGAGGUCACCUGGUCUCAGUGCAUAAAGCAAAGACGUCCGCCAACACGCAGUCUCCUUAACACCCUCCAGACUAUAUAGUCAACCAUGGAGUUACCUAAACCACGAGUUCCCAAGCGCUAUGUAGUUGCAUUCCUGGUGUAUUUGGGGAUCCUGUGCCAGUACUCUAUGCGGAGAAAUCUGGACGUGGCGAUAGUGGCAAUGGUCAACACGACAAGCGAAGAACAGCUAGAUACUGCUGGUGCAGACCCACCGGCGAAGCCUGAAUUUGAUUGGUCGCAGACCAUGAUUGGCGUGUUGUUCGGGUGUUUCUACUGGGGGUACAUCAUCACGAAGCUGGUGGGAGGAUAUCUGUCCUACCGUUUCUCAGCCAUACGUGUUCUGGAAGGCUCUAUUUUCAUCGGAGCGAUCAUCCACAUCAUCCAGCCGCCGUCAGCACGACUCAGCGUGGGAGUGUUAAUCCUCACCCUCAUUCUACAGGGGUGUGCAGAGGGCAUGACAAUGCCUUCGGCCUUUUCCGUACUCGGGAUGUGGUCUCAACACGCAGAAAAGAGCAGGCUAUCAGCUAUGGUACUUGCUGGCCAGUACAUCGGCAUGGCCAUCGGUACGUGUGCUACUGGAGCUAUCACAGACAAGCUGGGAUGGGCAGGCUCCUUCUACAUAUUCGGAUUGUUCGGGGUGACCUGGGGUAUUAUUGCCGACCUGUUCAUUCGGGAAAUGUCGCUGGAAGUCGCCCCGGAGAAUCCCGAAGAUGACUCCUUCCUCGGAGACAACAAUGACAGUCAGAGUGUCAGCGCCAAGACAAGACCGCCUGCCAAGGUUCGUCCACCGGUGCCGUGGAGGCACCUGCUGACGUCACUUCCGGUGUACUCCAUCAUACUGUGCCAGGUGUGCCUGAAGUGUGCCACCCACCUGAUGCUCAUCUACGCACCGCUGUACUACGUACACACCUUCCACAUCAACGCCAACAUUACCGGCCUGAUCGUAGGUGUGCCGCCGCUGAUUUGCGGGUUGUGCAUGCCGCUUUCCGGUAUCAUUGCUGACUCCCGCUACGGCAGGCAGACACGGUCAACUACAGUUGUCAGGAAAACAUUGAACACCGUCGGUUUCUUCGGCCUGGCUGCCUGUUACAUCCUCCUGGCCGUCUCCACCAGUCUGGGGAUGUCGCUAGCCAGUUUCUGUGUCGCAGGAGUGUUCAUCGCGCUCUGUAUGGGUGCAGGAUUCAACGUCAACCCGUUGGACCUGUCACCGGCUUUCGCUGGACUCAUCAAAGGCAUCUCCACAUCCUGCUCACACCUGGUCGGGUCCAUUUGGGUCGUCAUUGUGGGGGUGCUGACAAAACACAAGACGAACCACGAAUGGUCCUUAGUGUUCACCGUGGUGUCGUGUAUGCUCGUGGCGGCCGGUAUCGUCUACCUGGCCUUCGGCAGCGGGGACGAGCAGCCCUGGGCGCGGGGCGAGCCCGACAAGAAGACCCUGACGUUCGCCUCGCCACAGGGCCCACCGGACAUGAAGAACGGCUUCACCCGAGCCAUGCUGACGGUACAGGGGCGUGUGGAGGAGGACUACACCGUUCAUGACGACUUCACCAGGAGUUCGGACGAGGAGGAGUUUCCGCUUGAAGAAGAAGAAAAAGUUGAAAGAUUUGGCGGUAGAUAGAAGACAAUUUUCUGUUGCCCUAGCUCAAGCCUAACUUACAUGUACAUGUGAUUUCAGGUUUAAAGUUUGAACAUCGAAGUGUAGAUCUCAAGUAAAGUUUCUUUUCAUGCACAACAAGUCUUAGAGUAUUUUGAUAGGUAUUCAUAUCAUAUGCCUCAUUGUAAUAAAAUAUUCUAAUAUACUAUAGCACCUCAAUGUAUCUUGAAGUGUACAAAUUUAUCGGAAAUGUAAAAAUGUAGGUGGAGACAAGUUUCAAUUUAAAGAUGAAAGAAAUAUCUGUUA